UGAGGUCGGGGUUACAGCGGAGCCAUUGCGCUCGUUUUUUGAACGAUUUGACGCUGACACUGCCCAUUGGAGGCAACUGCAUUUCUUUCUGGACGUUAAUACUGCUUCUACGCAAGAACAUAUGACGGAAUAGGACGGCAUCUUCCAAGUACGAGGGAUUUAGCCGACGUUGCGUAACUACUUUGACUUUGCACCAAACAUUUGCAAUUCGAAUUACAUUCCCAGCCUUUUUCCCAUGAGCACAAACCCGCCUAUUGCACAAACAGAGACGCAGUCUUCUUCACCCGUCGAUAACUGGGCGGAUGACCGGAACACAACCUUUGGUGAGCGGCUCCAGCCAGUUGAACCUCACCCCGGGUUAUCCAACGGUAGCUAUUCCGACUAUCGUGGCCCAUUUGAAGAUGAUAGAAACGGAACUUGUAGUACAAGCCCGACCCGGUGGCCUGAUUCGAAUAGCUGGUCGUAUGACUACAGAUCCAAUGGGGCUUGUUCUUCGGCUCCGUCUGCGGACGGCCGGUUGACGACUUUUAUGGACGACCGACCUGGUUCUUUUGGACACUGGAAUGGAGGGGAAAGGGACAAGUGGAGUACUUCUUCUGCUCAAUCGAUGAUGAAUUCGAGACAAGCGAGCGAAGGGACUGAUGGGUCGGAAAAGUCUACAGGAGGGAGAGAAGUUGCAAUUGAUCCUGGCGGGGAUGCGUUAAAGAGAUUAUGGGAUUGGUCAGAGUCACAGAGACCGGGCCCUUUGGACCCUGGGGUGGGUCCCUAUAAUGCAGAGAAUAGUCCGCGGCGUGCAACUACCAAACGAGAAACGAUCGAUUUGACUGAUCUUCCCAGCGAUGAAGUUGAUGGGAAUUCAUCUGAUGUAGUCUUUGUUGAUGAUUCGCCACUCCCACAAAAGCGCAAGGCAGAAUCUAUCAACUGCUACUCUCCACGGCGCCGCGUCGACUAUCAGAGCGAAUUUGGGCGUUCUGCUCCACCCAUGAAUUGUUUCGGACCAGGAAAUCCGUACCACACACCACAACCCGUCAGCAGCGGUCCAUUCAGCAAAUAUUCACAUCCAACGCAUCCCUAUUACUUGCCACCUCCACGUCCGUCCCAUCUCCCACCGCCGCUUUCAACGCCAUUUACAUCUUCCAUCAUGUCCCCACCUCGCCAAUACUCCCAGCACUCUUCUCCCCUCCAACAUCCGAAAUCCGAAGUCCAUGUAAUAGAUGACACAUCACCUGCCCCUUACGAAGUGGUCGAUUUAACAGAUAUUGAUGCCUCGGAGGAAGCCAAACUGAAACGACGAGCUGCUAGUGAACCCAAAUCCUCACUGUCGAGUCCCGAGAUGGUGUGCUAUGGGAUUAUUAGUAGCCUGGUUCAGCCUCUCAACUAUGACGUAUACAGACAGUGCAGCGGAACAGAAAAGUGCCUACGAGUGCGAAUUGUUCCAGAGACGACUGGAUCGUAUACGAAACAUGCUCUGCCGUUUCAUGUGCUCACGCUGGAUGGACAGAGGCUAGGGAAACUAAAGGAGGACGUCAGUUUGGCCCUUGCCCCGUUUUACCGAAGCUUGAUAUUGGAGGCAAACAUUCCGCGGUAUCAGCAUAACAAAUACACAGCACCGCUCAAAUUGUUCGUCAUUGGUCCCAUCCAGCUUGCAGCAGCAAUAGGCGCGAUUCUCUCCCGACUCAAUAUUCAGCUGGAAGAGGUUAGCAAAACCUGUCAGCUCAAAGUCCGAUAUUUCAAUCCGCAGAGAGCUGCGUCAAGUGCAAUGGGACCCCCACUGGGUCUCCCUUGUGCCUUGUACCGACCCGAACGAGUAGCGCAAGCCACAAAUGACGACGUCAAAAGUCAAAUUGAUGCCGUUUACAUGUCCCUUACGGCAGCCGAGGAUCUCCCCGAGGCUGAACCCGAUAAACGAUUAUUGACUCCGUUAUACAAGCAUCAGAAGCAAGCUCUUCACUUUAUGCUUGAGCGUGAGCGCCGUGUCGACUUUCGGGACUUGUCUCAGCGAUCACGGUCGUUGUGGGCCUAUGAAAACGGGAAAUAUCGGAAUACAGUUACGGGUGACGCUGUGCACGUGGAGCCGGCUCAAGCAUUGGGCGGUAUAUUAGCAGAUGACAUGGGACUCGGCAAAACAAUCGAACUGAUUUCCCUAAUACUUAUAAAUCAACCAUCUCAACCUGUUCGCUACGAGCAACUCCAACAUCGAAAUCAGCGCACACCCGACCCGUACCCAUUCCUCCCUGGCCGUCAAGUCCCACCCCCAUCCCCACCACCCGUAGGAGGAGAAAUUCCAUCUCGUGCAACAUUGAUCGUCUGCCCUUUGAGUACUGUAGCGAACUGGGAAGAGCAGUUUGGAUCCCAUGUGAAGGAAGGUGCUGUUAAAAUCUACGUAUAUCACGGUCCAAAUCGGUGCCAAGAUCCUACGGUGUUGGCCAAUUAUGACGUGGUUCUCACUACGUAUAAUGUGCUGUCACUGGAGUACGGAAAGAACCAGAAAGCUCGAUCAAAGCAAGUCGAUUCGUCUGCUCCCCAGUCUCCGCAGUCUCCCUUGCAGUCUGUUUAUUGGUUACGUAUUGUCUUGGAUGAGGCUCAUGUGAUCAAAGAACGGAGUACGCAUCAAGCGAAGGCUGCAUGUGCCCUGAGAGCUGAAAGACGUUGGUGCCUGACGGGAACACCGAUUCAUAAUAAGAUCGACGACUUGUUUAGCUUGUUGAGAUUCUUGGGAUUGGAGCCGUUCAACCAUUGGAGGGACUUUAGUCAUUUCAUCAUGAAGCCUCUGAAAAAUCGAUCCGAGGUUGCUGUCUCGCGGUUACAGACGGUCAUGAAACUCAUCACUCUUCGUCGAACCAAACAUCAAAUGAUUGAUGGCAAACCUAUUUUGUCUCUCCCACCAAAGAACAUUUCCGUCUUCAAACUCACCCUUGACGCAUCCGAACAAGCACUCUAUGACCGGGUCUAUGAGCGGGCGCGUAACGUUUUUCAGGAAUUGGACGAUUCAGGUCGGGUGUUUAAGCAUUACGCUACACUCUUGGAGCUUUUGCUGCGGCUGAGACAAGUUGUGACGCAUCCAGCCUUGUACCGCGAUCAAGGGGACGUUGGCGAGACGAUUGGAGAAAUGGAAAAAGGCGAGGAUAUGCCUGUCCUAACAUCCGAAAGGGCGGCGCAUCUAUUGUCACUCCUUCGAGACGCGGGUGAUGACAAGUGCUGUGUGUGUUCCCUGUCGGUUGACGGUGGUGGUGAAAGGACGGUUGUCGUAUCGCGGUGUGGGCACAUGUUUUGUAAUGAAUGUGUGCGUGCCGUUCUUGGGGAAGGAAAAGAAGGGAUGGCGUGUCCCAUGUGCCAAUCUCGAUUAGGAAAAGCGGAUUUGAAAGAAAUCAAGGAUAUUGACGCGGCACAAGGGAUCGAUGACGCCUUUGCAGCAGCUGUUGCAGCAGCCCAUCACAAUGCCCCUGGAGAGAGCUCUCCGCCAGGCAUGAGUACCAAAGUCCGCACACUGUUGAGUGAUUUGAUCCAAGUACGGUCAGAGUAUACUCAAAGGGGAGAAGCACCUAUCAAAGCCGUUGUAUUUUCCCAAUGGACCAACAUGCUCGACCUUUUGGAGCCCUCACUGCGAACGUAUGGAUUUGGGUUUGUUCGACUGGAUGGGAAAAUGUCGCGGCAGGACCGGACAGACGCGAUGGAAAGCUUCAAGACGGAUCCCUCUGUGACCGUCAUGCUCGUCUCUCUCAAAGCAGGCGGAGUAGGCCUCAAUCUCACAUCAGCCUCUCGUGUGUACAUUCUGGAACCGUACUGGAACCCCGCAGUCGAAGACCAAGCCCAAGACCGUGUCCACCGCAUGGGACAAACCCGUGAAGUACACGUGAUUCGAUUUGUGGUGGAAGGCACGAUUGAGGAAGUCAUUGAAGCGCUCAAACGAAAGAAACGGGAACUGGUGGCUACCGCGUUCCGAGAGCGGACGAUUGGGGAGGAAGGUGUUGUUGAGGCUGGAAAGAAGGGACGGCGCAAGGGUACGAGUGCAAAGGACAAGGAGGAGAUGCAGCAGCGGAGGUUGAAUGAUCUGAGAGCCUUGUUUGGGUUCAAGGAUUCAGUGUGAUGCUUUGUUAGUUGGUUUGAUUUUGAUGUGUAUAUUUCUUUUUUAUUCUUUUUAUGGAGAGUGAGGGAGAAGGGACAAUUAUUUGUGAAUAGUCUUUUGUAAAAGGGUUGAUAGUAUCCAUCUGUGCAAGCAUCCCGAGUACAGUAGAUGAGAGCCUCGUGACAGCACGUGAAUGUUCCAAAGCCACGUGACAGAUAAGUCUUGUUUAUCUUCUAGUUAUCUCGAGAGGGAGACGUUAUCUCUGGGAGACAGCGAGGAUGGCGGGGUUGGGAGCGUUUUUUAUCAGCGGGUUUUACGAUGGCAGAUAAGAUGCUUUGAAUGGUUGCUGUGUUUUGUCUUGUAAGAUAAGAUAUGGGGAAAUGGAAGGGGGAUACAUGCAUAUACGACGCAUAUAUAAAGUGCAGAUUGAUCUUUUGUC